AUGGACAAGAAAGAUGAAGAAUUUGAGGAACUAUUUCGAAAGCUUCACAAAGAGAAGGCCCUAGGUUAUUUGCUAGCUAAUUACCAAGGCUUCUGGUUUGACAAACAGUUACUUAAGGGCACAAUAACCUUUCAGAAUCAUUUCCAGGCCAAUGAUACAGAUAUCAUACUGGCCACCUUGCCGAAAUCAGGCACAACAUGGCUGAAAGCUCUCACUUUCAGUAUCGUUAAUCGCGGUAAAUACCAGAUGGAAGAAAGCCCUUUACUCCACACAAGCCCUCAUCAACUCAUUCCUUUCUUAGAGACUAAUAUGUACAAGUCGGGUGAACUUCCUAAUGACUACCUUAACUCGGCUUCUUGCCCGCGAAUCUUUGCGACUCAUGUUCCUUAUCAAUGCCUUCCUAGUUUUAUACUGGAUGAUUUGGCCAAUUGUCGCAUCAUCUAUCUUUGUAGGAACCUUUUGGAUUCCUUCACUUCUUUGUUGCAUUUCGCCAAGCAAAAUGGUUUUGUGCCCAGAUUUUUAGAACCAGUGGCUAUGCAUAGGUGUCUCAAAUCAUUUAGUGGGGGAAAAGUUCUUUAUGGUCCAUAUUGGGAUCAAAUUAUUGGGUAUUGGGAAGCAAGCUCAAAGAAUCCUCAAAAAAUAUUGUUCUUGAAGUUUGAGGAUCUUAAAAGGGACAUCAACAGUUCUACAAGGAACAUAGCUGAGUUUCUUGGGUGCCCAUUUUCAGCUGAGGAAGAAAAAGCUGGUCUAGUUGAAGAAAUAUGCAAGUUAUGUAGCUUAGAGAGUCUUAUGAAUAUGGAAUGUAAUACGAAAGGGGAGACUGAAAUCAGGUUUGUUGCUAAAAAUAGUUCAUUUUUCAGGAAAGGAGAAGUUGGUGACUGGGUCAAUUGUCUAACUCCUUCCAUGGCAGAAAAGCUUCAAAAGGUCAUGGAAGAAAAAUUUCAUGAAUGUGGUUUGACUUUUGAAAUUCAAGCAACCCAAUUCUACCAAGCCAAUAUCAUCAUAUUCUUGGAAUAA